AUGAUAACUGAUUCUUGUAACUGUGAUAAAAGUGGGCAUGGUUGCACUAAGGGUCUUAGCAGACCUCACCAACCUACAUGGUGUCCUGUUUGCGACCGUAACAAAAUGAAAAGACGUUGUCAAAGUGAAGGUCUUUAUCAAGAAGGUGACCCUCUAAAAGAAUUAAAUUGGUGCUGUGAAAGAGGCUGUGACUUACUUAAUAGAACGACAAAAUUUAGUCAAAUAAAAAAGACUGAGUUAGAUUUGAAUGAAAAAAAAUUUAAUUUUACCGGAGAUGUCGGAAUGGAAGGUGGUGACAAUUAUUUUAGUUUUAAUAAAAAACACAAUUGCAAAAUAUAUAAGGAAAAAAAUGAUGUCGAAUUGGUUAAUAAUGGUCACAUACAAAAUUCCAAUUACGAUAUUUGUUCCGAUUUGGAUUUAAAAUCGCAAGGAAUAAAUAAUUAUUUAUAUUCGAGUCCGGAUAGACUUAAACAAAGAGAUCAUUUGCAUAGUUAUAAAGUGAGAUAUCAUUCGAGUAGUGGAGAUUAUAAUGAUGUCAUGUCUGCGGCUAAAUCAUUGGAUAUGGAUAACGAAAAGGAUAAUUCAAACGAAAUGAAAAAUUUAUACAUAAGGGAAAUGGAAAUACUUAGGAAUAAUCUUAGUCUUCUUAAGGAUGGUUUAGCAUGCGAUGGUAAAAGAAUGAGGCAAAAAAGUGAAUCUGAGCCGGGAUUUUCAGAACUUUCCGGUGGAGUGCCCAAAAGAGCUAGAGACAAUUCACCGAAAUUAAAAAAAACUGGUAGGAAAUUACCCAUGACUCCGAUUGGUCAUUCUACAAUCGAACAAAUUCCCUUUCAGUCACCUCAAAGACAAAGUCCAUCGUUUGCAACAAAAGGAGAUGAAAAAAAAGAAAUUUAUGUUUCAAAUCUUUGUAAUGGCAUAAAAUUAAGUAAAGAAAACGAAGAAGAAUUGGAAAGCGAUUCUGAAGAUUAUGUUAAUGAAUGUAAAUUAAGUUCGAAAAACAAAAAUAAUUUAGCCGAUUCAGUUAAUGCUGUUUCAGUAUCUAGUUCUACGACAUCAUCAUCUUCAAGCGAUUCAAAUACUCCUUCCAAAGUGGGUGAAACAUUGGGUUCGAUUUCAUUGAAUGAACAUUUGGGACCAUUUGGGAAUUGUGAAGAAAAUAAUGUUAUCGUGGGUAAAACGUUAAAAAUAAUUCCUGGAGAAGAUGAUUUAUUUAGAAACAGUUUAUUUCCAAAUGUUCCUCCUUAUGUUAAAUUUUUCAUGCAUGAUUUAAAAGGACCCACCUUACCUGUCGAUAUAAGGAAACAUUUAAAAUGGAGACUGAGCAGCAUCACUCCGAUAGUUAUUAGAAGAACUCUUAUUAACUCAGGUUUUAAACUUGUGAGAAAAUCAAACGAAUGGACUGGACAAUGGGGUAAACACAUGAAAUCAUUCGUGUUCAGAACAUUAAAAGAUUUUCAAAAGCUCAAUCAUUUUCCUGGCACAUUCCAAAUCGGGAGAAAAGAUAGAUUGUGGAAAAAUUUAUAUUCUCUCAUGAUGAAAUUUGGCAAGAAAGAGUUUGGAUUCAUCCCAAGAACGUUUAUUCUUCCACACGAUCGUAAAUUGUUAAGAACGGCGUGGGAAAAAGCGUCGGGAGUAGGGAAAGGACAGUGGAUAGUUAAACCGCCGGCUGCAGCGAGGGGAACCGGUAUAAAAGUAGUUCACAGAUGGGGUCAAAUACCUAAGAAAAAAUCACUCAUCGUACAGAAAUACAUUGCUCAACCUUAUCUAAUUAACGGAAGUAAAUUCGAUCUUAGAUUGUAUGUUUUAAUGACGAGCAUACAUCCGUUACGAAUUUAUUUAUACGAUGAUGGACUCGUUAGAUUUGCAUCUGUUAAAUAUUCCGAAGAUGUCGAAUGUUUAAGCAAUAGAUUUAUGCAUUUGACUAAUUACAGCAUAAACAAACUUAGUAAUCAAUAUCAAGUGAAUGCGGAUGCUUCCUCCUGCCACGGACACAAAUGGAGUUUGAAAACAUUGUGGGUGUAUCUGGCCAAGCAAGGGGUCGACGUGAAAGCCUUGAGAAAAAAUUUAACGGAUUUAGUUAUAAAAACGAUAAUAAGCGGAGAAUCGAAUAUAAAUAUAUUGAGUAAAAACAAUUUACCGUCGAGGUAUUGUUCGUACGAAUUGUUCGGUAUCGACGUUCUUUUAGACAACAAUUUAAAACCUUGGCUGUUGGAAGUGAACAUUUCACCCUCUCUCCAUUCUGCGUCGCCUUUGGACCUUGCCGUGAAGGGUCCUCUCGUCAAAGAACUCCUCAACAUCGCGGGUUUUCAAAUACCGGCCAAAUUGACAAAAGAACAAGAACAGAAUUUUUUGGAAAGCAAGGGUCUUUCGAAAAGGAUACACACUUUGUGCUACGACAAAAGACUUUAUUGGAUGUCGCUGAGCAAAGAGGAAAGGAUCAAACAGGAAACGUUUUGCAACAUGACGAGGAAAGAGUAUUUGAAAACGAUAUUGGAAGAACUCACGCCUGACGAUGUUCGACACCUCAUACAAUUUGAAGAUGAGUUGACGCAAUUGUGCAGGUUUGAAAAAAUUUUCCCAACGAAUCGAACUCAUUCGUAUCAUCAAUAUUUUGAAGCUCCUCGUUAUUACAACAUGAUGUUGGAUGCUUGGGAAACGAAAUAUCGGAAAAAUCGUAUGGAAGGUAUCAUGUUGCUGUCGUCUCUUUGCCGACAAAAAUUUCACUUGAACGUGUCAUUAGGAAUUGGAAAAACAAAGGUCUCGCCGAACCUGAGCGAUCUGCAAGAGUUUGAAUUGGAAAUGGAUUUUUGUAAAGAGGAAAAAGAGAUUUGGGAAUCGGAAACGUGCGAAGAAGAGAAAAAUGAAAAAACGGUUGCGAAAAGAAUGACGUCAUCGAGGUCACCUUCACCUUCUCAUCGUAGGAGAACGAAUUCGCCUUCGAGUCACGUUUCUUCUUCGUGUACGACGAAAUCGAAACCUUGCAAACACCCCUCCGUCGUGUGUAAACCUUCGGGUAUAACGUCUCAAAUGCCGAGUCUGAGAUCGAAAAUCGCUCUACUGUCUUCUCCUUUAAAAUCCAGUAUCGUGCAAUGUUGUAACGACAUUGCGGUCGUUGUUGAAACGAGAGGAGAAUGCCAAGUGUCGGAAACGACGGUCGUGGAAACGACGACGACGACGACGACGACGCCGCCGCCGCCGCCAUCAUUAAGUCUCGAUAGUAUCCCGUCGGAAGAGUCGUCGUCGUCGUCGUCGUCGUCGACAAGCCUUAAAACAACGACGGACACGUCGGAUGAAAAACAAGAUGAAUUAAAACAAUUAUCGAAUUGCAAAUCGGAAAAUUCGGUUGUUGUUGUUAUCGAGAGUGCGGGGAGUGACAAGAGCGGGAGUGAUGUUAUUAUUUCGCCCACAACAAAAAACUCUCACAAUUCGUGUAUAAAAAUGAGUUCCAGUAGUUAA